CCGAUGCAAUUGAGUAAUCAGUUACAAUAAGAGUUUCAAUUGGUCUGGUAGUGUUACUAGUCUUAGAUAUUAUUUUGUGAUAAUGCUAUCUCGACAGUUAUUUAUAAGUAAGCGUUUAGUGACGGAAGAUGAAAUAUUCAGCGGUGGUGUUUUAGUUUCUAAAAAUGGCAUUAUAGAGUCGGUGCUAAAAAUGAAUGAAGUCAAAAAACUACUAGCUGCAAAUCACGACAAGAUAAAAGUCGUGGAUGGCGGAAAUUCAGUGUUAUUAGCCGGCGUGGUAGACUCCCACGUACAUAUUAACGAGCCAGGCCGGACCGCUUGGGAAGGAUUCCGCACCGCUACCAACGCCGCUGCUGCUGGCGGUAUCACCACCAUCGUUGAUAUGCCAUUAAAUUCAAUUCCCCCAACUACAACUCUAGAAAACCUUAAAAUCAAGGCAGCCGCUACAAAAGAUAAUGUUUAUGUCGAUGUGGGAUUUUGGGGAGGUGUUAUCGUCGACAACCAAGACAGUCUAUUAGAUUUAGUGAAAGCAGGCGUAGUUGGCUUCAAAUGUUUUCUCUGUCCGAGCGGUGUAGAAGAAUUUCCUAACGUGGGGAUGCUAGAUCUGAAAAAAACAUUCUCAACACUGGAAGGAACAGGAUCUUUACUAGCUUUCCACGCGGAGCUUGAAGAUGAUAAACUGAAAACUAAUGAAAAUGUAGAGAAAGGAGAUCCAGAGGAUUAUACGUGUUACCUAAAUUCGAGACCUCCGAGCAUGGAGAUGAAUGCCGUAUCAUUAAUAAUGAACAACUUUAUAGACAAAACAGAUGUUAGAGUACAUAUCGUCCACGUGUCUUCUGCUGAUGUUGUUCCCGUGUUAUCUGAUGCAAGAAAGAGACGUUUAGAAAAAGGAAGUAAAGCUUGGCGCGGUGGUGUAACUGCCGAAACUUGCCAUCAUUAUUUGAACCUUAUAGCUGAAAAUAUACCAAAGGGACACAGUGAAUAUAAAUGUGCGCCUCCGAUACGUGAUGAAAUGAACAAGGAGAAGCUUUGGCAAUAUUUACUAGAAGAUAAAUUGGACCUAGUCGUUUCGGAUCACUCUCCUUGUACACCUGAGCUGAAAUGCAGUGACAAUUUAAAAGCUUGGGGAGGAAUAGCAUCCGUUCAGUUUGGUCUCUCUUUAUUUUGGACGGCUGCGAGUGCUCGAAGUCUUGAUUUGAUCUCGAUAAGUAAAUACUUGUCCUCUGGGCCGGCACAUCUUUGUGCUCUUCAGAACCGCAAGGGCGCUAUAAAGCCAGGACUUGAUGCGGAUCUCGUAUUCUUUGAUCCAGAAGCAACGUUCCUCGUAACACGCGACAUGAUACGACAUAAAAUAAGCUAACGCCGUACAUGGGUAAAAUACUCCAAAGGAGUAGUCAGAGAAACAUAUCUCCGUGGACAACAAAUAUAUGUUAAUGGUGAAAUUAUUGGUGAGCCAAAGGGAAAAUUAUUGUUGAAUGAAUUAUAAUUAGACUAUCUAUGUAUAAUUUC